GUUGUUAAAUUCAUCAAAAUUUUCCAAUUCAGGAGUACCAAGAUGCAUUAGAAUAGAUGCUGGAACAGAAAAUGGUCACAUUGAAGACAUGCAGAAGGCUUUUCGUUGGAAUGAUGAUGAUGCUAUGGCUGGAGAUAAAAGUGUGAUCAUUGGAAGUUCCACAUCAAACCAGAGAAUAGAGCGAUGGUGGAGAUCACUUCGUCAAUUGGGUGUUGGAUAUUGGAUAUACUUUUUCAAAGAUUUAGAGAUGCAGGGAUAUUUCACAUGUGGAAACCCCAUGCAUAUAGAAUGUUUAAGAUUUUGCCUUAUGGCCAUAUUACAAAGGGAUUUGGAUCACAUCAGAAAUGAUUGGAAUACUCACAAUAUCAGACAUCAAUCAAAAAAUGUUGUAGAAUGUCCCUCAGGAAAGCCAGAUAUCAUGUUCGUCAAUCCAGAGCUUUAUGGUAAAACAAUGUUAUAA